AUCAAUAAACGCACAGAACUCAAAAGACGGAGUUGGGGUAUAAACCUUUUUUGUUGUUUGCAGUUAGCACUUCAGCCUCCUGCACAGCAAUUCAUGCAAAGUACUUACGAAGGCAAAGGAUUUGUCUGUAUGGUAUUGGCAGUAGUUAACUGAUAUAGUUGGCAAACCCCAUAAUAUAUGAAAGAUGAAGUAGCUUGGAGGUUCGAGUGCGCCUGGAACAUUAUCUUCAUUUUUCUCUUAUGUAGCCACAGAAGAAGCGGAUGGAUGGAUUUCCAGGAGUGCUACCAACACACGUGCUCGGCGGUGGCGCUGGCGGCGCGCGAGGGCAAGCACCGGCUCGUGAGCAAGCUGAUCCAUAGGGGCUACAGCGCUGACGUCAGCGACAACCGCGGGUGGAACCCCCUGCACGAGGCCGCCUUCCACGGCUCCUACGCCUGCAUGCGCGUGCUGAUAAGAUCCGCGCGGUCCUGCUGCAGGGGCCGGGAUUAUGUGAACUCCCUAACGCACGACUCGGCCACGCCCCUGUUCCUGGCGGCCAAGCAGGGUCACCGGCGCAUCGUCAGGGCACUGCUCAAUGCCGGCGCUGACGUCAACCGCGUCACCGACGACGAGGCCAGCCCGCUCUUCACAGCGGUGGACGGUGGCCACACUGAGGUGGUGAAGCUGCUGGUCAGCAGUGGGUCAGAGGUCAACAGGUCACACUCUGCAUCUGGCUGGAGCUGUCUGCACCAGGCUGCUUUCAAGGGCCAUGCUGAGAUUGUGCAGUUCCUGGUGGGUGUGGCCGACAUCAACAGCACGGACGACUUUGAGAUCACGCCGCUGUUCGUGGCGGCACAGUACGGGCAGCGGCAGUGUCUGGAGAUCCUCGCUGAUGCAGGCGCGGCCGUGAACUGUCAGUCACACGACCUGGCCACGCCACUGCUGAUUGCGUCGCAGGAAGGUCACCUGGGCUGCGUGGAGGCGCUGCUGGAGCGUAGCGCUGACCCCAACCUCUACUGCAACGAGGACAAGUGGCAGCUGCCCGUCCACGCCGCCGCCGAGUUCGGCCACGUCAGUAUCCUGGAGCGGCUGCUCUCUGUGACGGACCGUGCGUGUGACCGCAGCCCGGGGAAGGUCAGCCCGGUUUACUCUGCGGUUUUGGGGGGUCAGACAGAGAGCCUGAGGGUUUUACUCAGGGAGGGGUUCAGCCCUGAUGCCCAGAACUGCGAGUCCUUCGGCUAUUCCUGCCCUCUAGAGGCCACGUUCUGGCCCCCCGCUGCGAGGUACGAGACAACAUUCACGGACUGUCCUAAAACACUGAUCGCUCAUGUAGAGACCAGGUGUGGGAUCCUGGAGCUGGUGCAGGUGCUGUUGAGGGCGGGGGCGCAGGUGGGCGGGGCUCUGUACCGCAGGUGCCUGCAGGCAGACCUCCCCCACCUGCUGGAGCCCCUCCUGGCUCGGGACGGCCUGCCCUCAGGGGAACACCUGUCCAGGCUGGUCCGGACGGGGCUGGAUCAUGUUCACAGCGCAGGGGUGUGGCUUCCCCUGCUGUUACAGGCCGGGAUGAACCCUGAGCACUUCCUUCAGGAUGCCCUGUUUGAGGGAACAGAGUGCCAUGUUCUCCAUUUCCUGCUGGAGUUCACUAAUUGGAAGAUGCUGUCCCCAUCGCUGCAGGAAAUCCUGUCCCGUCGUCGAGCGGAGUCCACCUGGAAACAGUGUGACCUGUUCGACUCCCCACCGCCGCUUGGCCACCUGUGCCGCCUAGCGAUCAGGGGCGUGGUCGGCACCGAGGCUCUGGCCAGCCGGGCCUUCAUGCGCCAGCUCCCUGUGCCCCCCGUCCUGCAGGACUACCUCCGCUUCGACGACGUCUUCAGGGCCCACCGCCUCCCCCAACAGUGCCCCCCGGAGGAGAGAGACAGCCGGGGAGACGGCCCCGACCGCCUGUGACGUACCUGCAGGAACACCGCCCCCGUGUGGAAUAACAGCCCCAUACCUGCAGACA